CAUCACUGAUGGGCACUGAAAGGCAGCACUCAUAUAUGGCACUGUUAGGUGGCACUGACUGGCACUGUUAGGUGGCACUUAUAAGCGACACUGACGGGCACUGAUAGGCAGCACUGACUGGCAUUGAUGGGUGACACUGAAAGGCAGCUCAGAUGGGCACUGGCAAGUAGCAUGGAUGAGCACAGAGCUAGCACUGAUGGACACUGACAGGUGGCGCUGCUGGGGCUACACAGAUCAUCAUGGCACGCUGAUCAUCACUGUCAACGUGACAGCUCGUGAGGAGAGAAAUGCCGAUAACCGGCAUUUCCCUGUUUACAUGUGAUCAGCUGUGAUUGGA